ACUUAUCUUGCCGAUCUUAUUAAUUAUUGCUUUCAUUUUGAAUAAUAUGCAGAAUUUCUAAUGGUGGUUGAAUGCUUCAAUUUAAUUGUAGGUUCCCUACUUCUGCUGCGCUUUAUGUUAUAUAUACCGUCUUCUCUUCCAGGCCAGUAUAAGUUAUCCUCUUUGUUCACAACACUGAUUGGGGUUCUGAUUCUAAAAAUCGGAUCGGAUCGGUCGGUCGGACCGAUUCAACCGCAAACCGACAAUAAUAAUGAUCCGGUCAAACAUGUAAAACGCAGAUAAAAAAAUCGUAAAAAAUCGUUGAACCGGCCAAGAACCGGACGGUCAGACCGAAUCGGAUUCUGGCCGGUUUACACAAAACGGAAGCUCCUUCGUUUCUUUCUCCCAUCCUCCCUCUCUUUCUUUCAUUCAGAAAGAAAUCACACAAACCCAGACAAAAAACCCUAGCACUGUAAGCCUACACCACCGCCGCAAGGAGUAGCAUACUGCCGCCGUCCAUCGCACUCAAAGUUCGCCAUCCGUCCGUCUAUCUAACUGUCCUCUUGCUCCAAGUCUUCAACCCCUGUUCGCUGUCACCGAUCGCGGCUACUUCAUCGAGCUCGGCGUCCGUCGUCUUUGUCUGCUCACCCGCGCUUCCGUCGCCGUUUAUUUGCCGUUCACGUUCGCAUCUUCGUUCAGCUGUUGUCUUCGUUCGCGUUCUUUGCCGUUCACGUUCGCUCGGCGUUCAUCGUUCGCGUUCACUCGCCGUUCACCAUUCGAGUUCGCAUUCGUGUUCGUCUGGAAGCCACGUUGCUCUGCUUCAAACUCUGCGACCAACCCGCGGGCUCCACCUAGCCGUCGAACUGCUCUCUUUUGUCGCUGCCCUGGCUUCAGUAGGAGUUCUUCGUUGCCGCCGUCUGCUCCGCCACAAGAUAUCAAAGCGUCCAAGUCACCACUUCAGUCUCAAUGUUCUAUCUUAGCAAGAUUGAACACACAUUGCCAUUGCCUGCUCCUCAGCUAAGUCGUCCAAUUCGAGAAGCUAUACACACUGAACUUGAGAAGCUUUUCUUGGAUAAGGUUAUUGCAAACUUGGGCCUCUGCGUAUCUGUCUAUGAUAUAAAAUCCAUUGAGGGUGGAUUUAUUUACCCCGGAGAUGGUGCUCCAACUUAUACGGUAGUGUUCAAUUUGAUUAUGUUUCGUCCAUUUGUUGGGGAGAUUAUGACUGCAAAGCUUCUUUCGUCUGAUGCUGAUGGCUUAAGAUUAUCACUUGGAUUCUUUGAUGACAUUUAUGUUCCCCUACAGCACCUACCCAGCCCAAAUGAGUUUAAGGCUGAAUCAAAAAAUAGCACAAAAGGAACAUGGUAUUGGAAAUAUGAGGAGCAGUCAUAUCCUGUUGAUGAUAGCGAUAUGAUCAAGUUCCGCAUUCAAAAUGUGACUUAUCCUUCAAUCCCAGUUGAACAACCAAAAGAGUCAAAGCCUUUUGCCCCUAUGCUGGUCACUGGAUCAAUAGAUCAUGACGGACUGGGCCCUGUUUCUUGGUGGCCUGGGCAAGAAGAGGAUGCGGAAGAGGAGGAGGAGGAGACAGCGGCAGAGGAGUAAAUGUGACUAUUUUGUUUAAUCUUCAAUACUAGGCUUAUAUAAGAAACAGGUAGUUGAUAGGACCUUAGAUUCAUUCUUGGAUGAUUGCAACUCAACAACACUAAAUAUGCUUAUUUGUUCAAUUCCUUCUGAUAUGUAAUUUUUCGUUUGGGUGUUGAUAUGUAAAUUAUUUCAUGAAACCAUUGUUUGCCCGUUUAUUUUUUACCUGAAUUACUUUUCACAUGCAAGAAGAGGAAAGUGUUUAUUGAGUUUA